AUGGUGGAGCAGUCUGCCGCCGUGGACGCUCGAGGCAGUGGGCUGGAGAUAGAGUGUUCCCAGCUGAAGCUCUCACCUGCUCAAUACUCACUGCGUCAGCUCGCGCUCUAUCAGAAGAUCCUGUCCCUUCCUCUCAGUUGUUUGCCCAUCCCAGGCCAUGGAUUUGUGCUGGACAAGUAUAAAUGUCACUGCAAAAGCGGCUUUUAUCAUCCAAGCAGAGUUGCAGUCAAUGGCUUUAAAAGGAAAGCAACUGGGAAGGGCAAGGAGAGUUUGCCACAUCACAGGGAUGUUCCAGAAAGUUCCAGCUACUGUCUGCCCUGCCAAGAAGGCUGUGCUUUCUGCAAGGACGACGCGCCCUGCGUGGCCCGGGGUGAAGGUGCCCUGCGUAUGGCAGUGCUCUCCUUUCAGGGCUUGUGCAUGCUGGUGGAUUUCAUCAGUAUGGUACUGCUCUACCAUUUCCGCAGGAACAAGAGUAUCAGAGCAUCAGGACUCAUCCUGUUAGAGGCCAUCUUGUUUGGAGCGCUCCUCCUGUACUUUCCGGUGGUGAUUCUGUACUUCCAGCCAAGUGUUUUCCGCUGUAUACUACUGCGAUGGGUUCGUCUGCUCGGAUUUGCCACUGUCUAUGGAACGGUCACCCUCAAACUCUACAGGGUUCUCAAGGUGUUCCUGUCACGUACAGCCCAACGGAUCCCAUACAUGACCAGCUGGAGAGUGAUACGUCUUCUGUGUGUCAUCCUGCUGAUUGUGUUAUGGUUCGCAAUAGCCUGGACCGCCGCUGUUUGUCAGAAUCCAAACAGACAUCUCGCUCUCAUCAGUGUGGGCUUCACCACUGAUGGGCUACAGUUCAGCAUGUGUCUGCUGGACCGCUGGGACUACAUGAUAGCUGUGGCUGAGUUCCUGUUCCUCCUGUGGGGUGUGUAUCUGUGUUAUGCGGUGAGGACCGUCCCCUCAGCAUUUCAUGAGCCACGCUACAUGGCCAUCGCAGUGCACAAUGAGCUCAUCCUCUCUGCCAUAUUCCACAUUUUAAGGUUCACUCUUGCCCCUGAACUGCACCCGGACUGGAUGUUGAUGCUAUUCUUUGCUCAUACACACUUGACAGUGACUGUCACUUUGGCGUUACUGCUUGUGCCAAAGUUCUUGUUUGCGGGUACACAUCUAAGGGAUGACAUUGCUACAGAGGCCUAUGAAGAUGAAUUGGACAUGGGCCGGUCUGGGUCAUACCUGAAUAGCAGCAUCACGUCCGCCUGGAGUGAGCACAGUCUGGACCCAGAGGAUAUUCGGACACCAGAGGAAAUGGGCCAGCUAAGUUCUAUUAAUGGCUGUGGCGUAAGGUCUUGCGACAGUCUUUGGGAAAAACGUACCAACGAAGAGCUGAAGAAACUCUACUCCCAGCUGGAGAUUUAUAAGAGGAAAAAGAUGCUGGCCAACAAUCCUCAUCUGCAGAAGAAGCGCAGCUCCAGAAAGGGCCUAGGUCGCUCCCUCAUGCGCCGCAUCACUGAGAUUCCAGAGACAAUGGGCCGCCAGUGUAGCCGUGAGGACAAGGACCUGGGUGAACAUGGGAGUAACCGCAACAGCAUCUGUGUCCUGAGAAAGAACCCUUUUGAACCCACACACCCUGUCAAGCCUGCCAAAGAUGAAUCCUUGAAGAGCAAAGUUUUCUCCCUUAAAAAGUCCCACAGCAGUUAUGACCAUAUUCGGGACCACAGUGAGGAUUCCAGCAGUUCAGUAACUGACAAGAUGGAAGUCACAAACACAGAAGGCUCCCUUCUCGAAACCCUAAUGGGCAAGAAGCUAGUCAAAAAGUCCUCCGAGAAGAUUGAUGCAGCCAGUGAGUCAACAGAGUCCGUUCCCCUGGUGUGUAAGUCAGCCAGCGCUCACAACCUGACAGCUGAUAAGAAACCUAUUCACCCUAGAACAUCCAUGCUGCAGAAAUCUCUAAGCGUCAUUGCCAGUGCCAAAGAGAAAACUCUUGGUCUAACAGGAAAGGCCCAAGCAGCGGAGGAUCCAACAAAGAAAGCCAAUCAAAAGAACAAGGAUGCCAAGACCCCAGCUGAAGCUGAAGAAAAUGAGGGUUAUCCAAAGAUGAUUGUCAGUCAGUCAGUGGAGUACAAGCAGACAGCUGCCAAAACUGGUAUAAGGAAGCCACAGAUGAGCGGAAGCCAGCCCUCAGUUUGCUCAGAAACAGCCAAGGGGAAAGACCUGUAUGACCUCUCAGAGGUGUGCCCUUGGGAAGUGGAGGACUUGCCGACUCCCUCCGAAAACAUGGUCCAGAAACAUGUGUCUAUUGCCCCCGAGCAGACCACCACAGUCCAUGGAAGUAGCAACAAGGCGACAAAGUCACAACAGCAAAAGCAGAAAGGCACAGAGCAGUCACCCUCCGUGGUCAGACGUCCAACCCACAAAGCUGGUGAUAGAGCAGACAUAUGUCCGUGGGAGGAAGGAAAUGAGGACCAUAGUCAGGCAGUGGGGCCAAAACCUCACUCCAGUAGUAAGCCUGCCAUCUCCAAACCCCAGGCAUCUGGAGAGGUUGCCAAGGUUCUAAAAGCUGAGGUCUGUCCUUGGGACUUUGAGGAAGUGCCGAGCAAGCCAAAGGACUCGGGUUGCUCCCCUGAUCAGAGCAGACCACGAAAGGACACCACGCCAACUGAGAUCAAAGGGAAAAUAAGCUCCUCGCCUACUGAAGUCAAGGGCAAGGGUACAACGCCCACCGAGGAUAAAGCAAAGAGCGUUUUCUCCGAGCCUACUAAAUCUACAGGCAGCACACUACAGCCACCCUUUAAAGCAGAAGUGUGUCCAUGGGAUGUUGAGACUGUGUCAGGUCCUGUCUCUGAAAAAAACCCUUGUUCUUCUCAGGUUUCUAAAACAAAGGAGACCCGUGCUAUAAAGAAGGGAACUUCUUCUGUCAGAAUAUCAGAGAUGGAAAGAGAGAACGCAAAGGGUCCUGAUGAAGACAAAAUGAAAUCAAAUGCAAAAGACAAGUUAACCUCUGGAAAAACGAAAGAUAGACCUAUCAGCCAGCCUAAACUGGCUGAGGUUUGUCCAUGGGAUGCUGAUAGUAGUCACGCAAUUGUCUCAAUGGAAAAACAAAAAAGCCCAAAUGUUGCAUUAGCAAAAAUCAAGCAAGCAGAGGUAUACCCUUGGGAUUUUGAAGAUGCGGCAACUAGUAAAGAAGUCAACCGGAGCACCAGUUCAUCCACUGGCAAACAGAAAAGUUCGAAUUCCAAAGGCAGAGUUACUAGUGGUGUUAAAACGUCAGAUGUCUGCCCUUGGGACUUUGAUGACCAAGGAUCAACAAAAAAAGCAUGACACUUUACCUGAGUGAACCAUUAGUUAGUCCUCAUUAUAUGUGCUUUUUCUUUCAUAAAUACACCAUGGAAUAAAAACUUUAAUAGCAUUUAUGGUGAUUUGGAGAAGAAAAUCAACAUGUCGCACAAGCUGCCUUUCUCUUCAACCUUUUGUUUUCCCUUUGUGUUUUUUGGAAUAAAAGGAAGAAAACCCUGAAAAAAACACACACACAAAAACAAAAAUGCAACAACUCACCAGGCAUUCCAGAUUUUAAAGUAUUGGUUGAACCUUUAAAUAGAAAUGGUAGUUUACAAUUAUGCAACUCUUUAUGUGCAAUGUAAACAAGAUGCCUAUGCUCACCACAUGUAUCCUCAUUAACAUCUGAACUCUCAGAACAGCUGCAUCUGUAGCCUCUCCUUGACUGUGGCUUCCACAAAAGAUUGUACAAGUUCUUGUUACAUAGGAAGGUGUGGACCAUGCAUGAAGUGUCAUGGAGUAAGCCUGAUCCAUUUCCUUGUUUUCGUUUGUUUCACACAUUAUCAUCUGGUUUGAGUAAAAAUGAAUAUUUGCCAAAGAUAGAGGUAAAAUCCAAUAAAUCUAAGAACUCAAACCUCAACAGCAUAAUAGAGACACAGCAUUUGUACAGUGAGCCGGAUUCAUGCGGCUGCUAGAAAAUUAGCCUGUAGCACUUUAGUAAAGAACAUGCUUAGAGAGACAGAUGCAAACUGGACAGAACUCCAUUCAUAUUUGCCCUUGUUUGUUGUUUGGCCUUGCUGUUUUAUGCCGUUCUGCGAUCAUAUGUGCACAUCUGCAACAUUUUUUAGUUAUCUUGACUAGAAAAAAAAAAGCUAGAAAAAAUUAAACAUUUCCAAUGCUUCCAAAUGUGCUGAUAUAUUAUCCUGAAUGUGCCUAUUUAAAUAGUCCUGUACCAGUCUUACUUUGUAUUGGGAGAUGUGAAACCUUUGUCAUAGCCCAUGUUACAAAUACUUAUUGAAACACUUGAUGAAAAUCAGCAUCUUAUUUUUAAAAAGAAAUGAAGUUUAGUUUAUAUAUUAGUAAUGUUGCAAAAUUGUAAAUGCUUUUUGAAUGGGGUACGCUAUGAAAAAAAAAAGUCCACUACUCAGUUCAUGGGACCAUAGAUAUUGUUUCUCUCAGCGUAGGGCACAAUCAUGCCUCUAAUGUCUUUCCUUUUUGUCUUUUACAAUUAGAACACUCAUGACAAUAUAUGAAAUCAAAUUCCAGUCUAUCUCAUAUCAAAUUCUAACCCAAGCCUCAAUUUCUUUAAUAUGUAUUACAUCAGUUUACAAAUAAAGUCUUGCUCUUA